ACUUGUGAUAUCUUCCUAAAUGAUGUGUGUGGCCAUAUCAAUCUAUAUAUCCCUAUUAGUCUAUCUCUGUCCUAUAUGUGAAGCUUACAUUGUAAUCUUGAGUGUUUGUUAAAUUUAGGAGUUUAUAACCCCAACUCCUUUGUUUAUCUCCUCAUCUUAGUUCUGAGUUCUUUUGUUUAUAUUUUCUACUUUUGGUGUUCUUAUCUUUCAAAUUUUGGGAAUGAAUGACCGUGUUGAUCUGGUGGACAAAAUCACUCCGUGGAGAGAAUCAUGGAAAGUGCAUGUUAAAGUUGUCAAGUUGUGGUACCACAAGAAUCCUGCUUUGGAUUCUUCUCAAAAUCUAUUGCAUAUGGUCUUAAUGGAUGAGAAGUUACACAAGAUCCAGGCCACCAUUAGAGAUCAGCUAAUAUCAAAAUUUGCCUUGUCUCUAAAUGAAGGAAUUGUGUACUUGAUGACCCACUUUACAGUUGUACCCAACACUGGUUUGAACAGGGUGACAAAACAUCGGUUCAGACUUUUGUUCCAAUACAACACCUCUGUUGUUUCUGUGGUAUGUCCAAGGAUACCUCAUUCGGGUCUGUGUUUUGCAUCAUUAGAUGAAAUUGAUCAAAUGACAAAGCACCACAGUUUCCUGAUUGACUUUGUUGGGAUUAUUACUGGUGUUCGAAAAGAAAGAGAUGUGGCAUCAUAUGGGAAGCUGGUGAAAGCAGUGGUGCUAGAAGUCUUUGCUGAUGGGAAAAGGGUACAAUGCAAUGUGUUUGGAAAUGCUUGUGAUUUGUUAGAAUAUGAUAAGUUACAAAAAUAUGCAAGAUCUCCCCUGGUUGUCCUCGAGUCUUUUAAAAUCAAAGCCAUUGAAGGUGGGGUAAUCCUACAGAAUGUGAUAGAUGUCUCUAGGUUAUUCAUUAAUCCUGACAUUCCUGAGGCCGUUGAGUUCCUAAGCAGAUUUAGUGUAGCCAGUUAUGGAUUCUCAAGCCUUGUGACCAAUGACCUUGGAUACUUAGUUUCUAAAGUUGAUGGUGAUUAUUUCAAUUCCAAAGAGAUCAGUAAUAUUCAAGAUCUUCAUUCAGAUAAUGGGGAUUCUCAUUACUUUGUUAUUGGGACAAUUAAGGAAGUUAUGGAUGAACCAGAUUGGUGGUACUACACAUGUGUGUGUGGUCAAGCUGUUGUUGAGCAUGAGGAUCUCUACCUUUGUGAUGCUUGUGGUUCAUGUGUUGAGAAUGUUAUGGUCAAAUAUGGAAUUCGGGUAAAGAUUCAGGAUGCUAGGUGUACUGUUUUGUUUGUUUUGCUUGAUAAUGCGGCAACAAAACUAUUUGGAAGAACCUGUUCUGAAGCAUUUCUUAGCAUAGAAGAUGAAUUUCCAGUUGAUCCUAGUGUGCUUGCAGUUUGUCGGUCAUAUUCUCCACAAAUGUUUGAUCAUGUUGUUGGAGAGGAGAAAGUUUUUAAGGUUGAAAUUGAUUCUGCAGUUGAUCCAGAUUACUCCAGUUGCUUUAAAAUUGUGAAUGUCUUUAGUCAUAAUCAAGAACCAGUUGCAGUCGAUGAUUAUAUCAAUGUAUGAUUCCUCACCUUAUCUUACAACAUGUUGAUGCAAUUGUUUUUUUUGAACCAAUGGAUUCGAUGCUUAUUUUAACCAACUUAUCCCAAGCAAUGCUUGAUGGUCCCAUUUUUCCACCAAUCUAUGAUAGCUACUUGCAGUAUGCAACUGGCGAAGAUUACAAGACUCAAGUAGUUUGUGAUAAUGCUAUUCAAUCAGAAACUAUUGAAGAUAUUAUUACUGAUCUUAUUUCACCGAAUCGCUGUUAU